UAACACGUUACUGCUCUGGAAACCUGCCCUGUCUUCAGAGCGCACGGGCUGUUUUGAUUGUUCGGAACUUUUUUGUGUUAGUCCUGUGAGGAAAACACUUUUUACACUUUUAAUCAGAAAUAAACAGAUGUAAUUUAAAAAGACUUUGACGCGUGCAAUUUGUAAAGUUGAAAGCAGCGUGUUCGUUUUCCAAGGCGACACCCUCGACGGCGACUCCGAGUUUAUCGGCUGGUUUUGAAUUUACUCGGAAAUCCUGGUGGGAAUAGCAGAACUGCAGCUAUGGCUUACUCUGACUGAUUUCGACAGAUGCGAUUUUUACACUUGUAUUCUGGUGUUGGACUUAAGGGGAUUUCAAUUCCAUCAAUAUUUUAACGUUACUGGGAUAUUGUUAAACGACUCCUAACAAAAUGCCGGAUCAGAUUACAGUUUCGGAAUUUAUAGUCGAGACCAAUGAAGAUUACAAAGCGCCCACUACUUCAAAUUUCACCACUCGCAUGUCUCAUUGUAGGAGCACAGUUGCCGCUUUGGAAGAGGCUCUGGACGGAGACCGCAGUGUGCUGCAGAGGAUGAAGAAGUCCGUGAAGGCUGUCUGCAACUCUGGCAUGGCCCACGUGGAAAACGAAGAGCAGUAUACCCAGGCCCUUGAAAAGAUAGGGGAAAAUUACCUCACCAAAGAUGAUAACACUAUGGGCUCAGCCUUCCUCAAGUUUGCCAUUUUCACCAAGGAGCUUGCUGCCCUGUUCAAGAACCUGUUCCAGAAUAUGAACAAUAUUAUCACAUUUCCCUUGGACAGUCUGUUGAAAGGAGAUUUGAAAGAGGUGAAAGGGGACCUCAGAAAGCCUUUCGACAAGUCCUGGAAAGAUUAUGAAACAAAACUAACCAAACUUGAAAAGGAGAAGAAGGACCAUGCCCGACAGCACGGCCUGAUCCGAUCGGAGCUCAGUGGGGGGGAGAUUGCCGAGGAUAUGGAAAAGGAGAGGCGCUAUUUUCAGAUGCAGAUGUGUGAGUAUCUCCUCAAAGUAAACGAAAUAAAGGUCAAAAAGGGAGUGGACUUGCUACAGAAUCUUAUUAAAUACUACCAUGCCCAGUGCAACUUCUUCCAAGACGGACUGAAGGUGGUCGACAGCCUUAAACCUACAUUAGAGAGAUUGACAACCGACUUGACGACAAUCAAGCAGGCCCAAGACGCAGAGAGGAAGGAGCUUUCCCAGUUACGUGACGUCCUGAAAUCUUCACUUCAGGUGGAGCAGAAGGAGGACUCCCAGGUACGGCAGAAUUGUGGGUACAGCCUGCACCAGCUGCAGGGCAACAAGGAUCAUGGUACGGAGCGUAGCGGCACCCUCUACAAGAGGAGCGAAGGCAUCAGGAAGGUAUGGCAGAAGAGGAAAUGUUCCGUGAAGAAUGGCUUCCUGACCAUUUCGCAUGGGACGGCGAACAGACCACCAGCAAAGCUUAAUCUGCUGACAUGCCAGGUGAAGCGCAGUCCAGACGAGAAGAAAUGCUUUGACCUCAUAUCCCAUGACCGGACGUAUCACUUUCAGGCAGAGGAAGAGCAGGAGUGUGAAAUAUGGAUCUCUGUCCUGCAGAACACUAAAGAGGAAGCUCUGAAUGCUGCCUUCAAAGGUGACCAGGAAGUCGGAGAGAAUAACAUUGUGCAGGAGCUGACCAAGGCCAUCCUGGGCGAGGUGAUGAGGAUGCCAGGGAACGACAUCUGCUGUGACUGCGGAGCUGCCAAUCCCACAUGGCUUUCCACAAACCUGGGUAUCCUGACAUGCAUUGAGUGUUCAGGAAUCCACCGGGAGCUGGGUGUCCACUACUCCAGGAUUCAGUCCCUCACACUGGAUGUUCUUGGAACAUCUGAACUUCUGCUGGCUAAGAACGUAGGCAACUUUGGCUUCAAUGAGAUCAUGGAGGCCUGCCCAUCAAAAGAAGGUGUGCUGAAGCCCAAUCCCAGCAGUGACAUGCAGAUGCGGAAGGACUACAUCACAGCCAAGUACACAGAGAAGGCUUUUGUGCGCAGGAAGUACCCCGACACAGCAUCCAGGCUGCAUGCCCUGUGCAGAGCAGUAAAAGAGCAUGACAUCUUCUCCGUCAUCCAGCUGUAUGGUGAGGGGGUGGACCUGAUGGAGGCCCUGCCGCUCACCAAUGAGCAUGAGCCAGGAGAAACGGCACUUCACUUUGCCGUCCGGCUGGCGGACCGGACCUCCCUGCACGUUGUGGACUUCCUUGCUCAGAACAGCGGCAACCUGGACAAGCAGACGGCCAAAGGCAGCACAGCCAUGCAUUACUGCUGCCUCACCGACAACAGCGAGUGCCUCAAACUGCUGCUCAGGGGCAAAGCCUCCACAGACAUCGCUAAUGAGGCUGGAGAGACUCCUAUGGAGAUCGCCAAGCGGCUGCGACAUGAACAGUGCGUGGAGCUGCUGAACCGGUCACUGGCUGGGAAGUUCAACGCCCAUGUGCAUGUGGAGUACGAGUGGCGUCUGAAGCACGAGGACCUGGAUGAGAGCGACGAGGAUCUGGAGGAGAAGGUGCUGCCUGUUACCCACCCUGCCACCCACCAGGGGCCGAUCCUGCCAAGGCGGGAGGACCGUCCAUUCAUCCCUGUGAUGCCAGGCCCUGGCCCCGGCCCCGGCCCCAUGCAGCCCCAGUUGGCCUCUCUGGCCCGAGAUGCUGCCAGCCUGGUCCGGGACAAGCAGAGGGGAUUCAUCCCCAGCAUCAUCAAUGAGACCUACGGCACCUACGUGGACUCCCCUCCCCCCCCCCCUCCCCCUCCCCCCAACUUUCCUGUUCCCCCACUGCCCUCUCGACCCACAAUCAGAGUCCCAUUACCUGGAUUUAUUGGUGUGGCGCCCCCCAUUGGUGGAGGAGGGUGGAAGGCGGGGCCAGGGGAUAUGGAGGCGGUGGGCUGUGACCAGGCCAGUGCUGCCGCCGCCUCGCUUGUUGUGCCGCCAUCAAACCAGAUAGGACCACCAGUGCUUCCAGUUUUUCCACCAGUACUACCAUCAGUGCCAGCCCCACCCCUGCCUCCACCACCACCUCUUCCUCCAGUCAAACCCGCUUUGAUUCCACCCUCAAGAAAGCCUACCCUGGUCCCAGGCCUGCCCCCUGGGAGAAUUGCAGUACCUAAAUCCCCCACCAGCAUGGAUAAUACUUUUCCAAAGUGGCCCACAGCCAAGCCUGUGUCACCGAAGAAACCAGCAGCCAAAGAAGCGUCCAGCUCCCCUCUGGAUACCUCUGAACAGACCCCACCCCCACCUCCUGUGCCCAGGCCGACCUACCUAAAACAGAAACCCAAGCGCGUAAAGGCCAUAUACCACUGCAAAGCUGACAACCCAGACGAGCUGACCUUUUCUGAAGGAGAGGUGAUUGUGGUCGAAGGGGAGGAGGACCAAGAGUGGUGGUUCGGCCAUGUGGAGAACGACCCGAAGCGGAGGGGCGUGUUUCCUGUGACCUUCGUGCACUUCAUCACGGACUGACUGACACGCACAUCAGUCAAGGGGCAGGAUUUGGGGGGAGAACUGUACUCUAAUUAGUCUGCACAGUUUGUGUAUCUGUGUGUGUGUCUGUGUGUGUAUCUGUGUGUGCAUUUAUAUGUUUGCGUGUAUGUGUAUUUGCGCUUCUGCAACUUUCACAUCUCUUCCUGCAAACCUUUUUCCAAAGGUUUUACAGAAGCACCAUGAUGAAUUUAAAAAAAGGUUUACACUAAAAUGAAAUUUUGCAAGGAAAAUGUUCUAAUUUCUUAUCAGUGCUGAAUUUGAAUUACAGUAACUUGGGAAAAAAUACAGCUGGAUGCAUGAAUGUGUGAGAAGAUGUGAAUGUUUCAUUAUUUCUCUCUGAGAAUCACCCAGCGUGGUGACCAUGGCAGGUCUGCAUUUCCCUCAGGCUUUAAUGAAAGUAAUGAUUCAUUACUUUCCAUGAAUCUGCAAUAGAAAAGUUCUUUCAGAUGCUUUUUUGUACAGUUUUUAACAGUUUACCUUUUAUAUUAUACUGUUAUUUUGUGUGUUUAGUUCUAGCUCUGGGAAAAGCCAUAAGAUUUUUAUAUGAGAAUAUUCUCCACUUGUCCCAUCACGUUCAAACUGAAAAAUCCUGCUGAAAGCCCUUAUCUAAAUGCAAGAUGUUCUGCUAGCACGUGUAUGGCUGGUAGAUGGACGGCUGGAAUACUCACCAGUUAUUCAGUAAUGACACACACUGGGCCUCUCAUUUACUUCACAUUAACACACCCUAGCACAGUAAAUGAGCCUGAGACCGGCUCAUUAGCACAGGGUAACCCCGUCUGACGCAGGGUCCUUACCGCAGCCCCCCUGCAGCUCCUGUAGUGGUGGUCAGCUCAAGGAAGGACAUCCCAUCAUGUCCAGGAGCAACAGGGACGCAUCUGAGCACGAGGGGGGACCAUUCUUAGUAUCACUGCUGCAGGCAGAUGGGACUGGCUCUUAGCCUUCAGGCUCUGUGGACCUUAAUCUCCAACACUGCCUGACAGACUCUUACCACAUAUGUGCAGCAGAUUACUGCAGCUUCAGGAGUCCACAUGUCAACAAGUAACAGGUGCCAAGUUGAGUUGGAAAUAGGACCUUAACUGGGAAAUCUUAAUAUGAGAUCCUAAUAAUGGAUAAUUGGUAUAGUGUUUUGAAAACUAUGUACAUUGUAUAUUUAUGUGGUUUGUGCAUUGACUGCUCCCUGUGAUGGGUUGGCAUCACAUCCUAGGUUAUUCCCUGCAUUGCAUCUGUAGCUUCUGCGAUAGACUCUGGACCCCUGCGAUCCCUGAACAGGACAAGCUGGUACAGAAAAUAUAUGGAUGGAUAGAGUACGCAUGAUCUAGAAUUUAGUGUGGAGAUGCAUUUAGAUGAAACAUGGCUGUUUUUACUGUCCCUUUGUGUUGCUUAGUCAAAAUACUGUAAAUAUUUUCACUUUUUUAAAACAUGAACACAGUGGGACCCCAGAUCCACAGUUUAUCUGCAGUGUAACGUGGUCCAAAAAAAGUUAAAAAAUUCCAGAAAUGGUUCAUAAGUUUCAAGCCAUGCACCAUACACGUGUAGGCUGUAAGCCAGUGAGUACUCAUAAUAGCUAAGAUAUUUUUAAACAUUAUUAUCAUUAGAGGUUAUAUACAGGUACAUGAUACACACUUUACAAUGAAAAAUAUUGUAACAGCAGCCUAUGUUUUUUCAAUGAUCCUUUGUCGGUUGAGGGGUAUAAAACGCAUGAUUUUCACUGCUCCAUCCCUUGAUACAUGAUAUUUUUUAAUUGCUAUACUGACUCUUGAGAAUUAGGCUAAAACGUCAGAAUCCCUUUCAUUUGAGUACAGUACUGUAAUAUACAAUGUACUUUAUUACUGUAUUUAAUAUUGGUAGUCUUAAUGUGUGUAAAUUAUCAAACUUUACCAUAAGUAAAUGCACAACAAUCAUGUUCUAUAUCGGGUUUGGAAAUGGUUCGCUAUUAUCCGCGGUUUUAACUAUCCGUAGUUGGUCUUGCAACGUAUCACCCACGGAUACCGGGGAGCUAAUAUGUUACUUCAGCCUGACACAAGAAGGAAACGCAAUAAUAAUAAACUGUAAAAUAUGUGGGGAGAUUAAGGUACUGCAUGCGAUUUGUACAUAAAUACACAUUUUGGGAGCAAACUGAAACCAGAAAAAAAAAUGCAUCUUUCUUAAUAAACAUUGUCCUGUUUAA